GCAUUUUCCCACUUCUCGGUGGUCGUAAAUGUGGUCAGGUGCAUCCUGGCGGGGCGGAAAAAGCGGCCACGUACAACGAGGAAAGUCCUAACGUGAGUGUUUUGCUCUCUCUCCUUCUCGCUCUCCCACGGUGGACCAUCUGAGUUUUGCCCACGUUGGAACGUUCGUUUAUAUACCAGCGAACGUGCUAAAAACCGCAAGUGCGGUGCGGGCGCUGGCGUGUGCUCUCGAGCUAUAUACAGGUGCCGAUACGGCGUCUUCCUGGCAUCAUCACAUCAUCGAGGCGGCGAAAGCGGUUUCCUCGGGGAGUUGGUGGAGCAAGGAAGACGCUGACUGAUCGCUUUUUCAAUAUUUUUCGCGUGCGGCAUCGUAAUCGUUUCUGGGAGAAGUGUAAUUGAUUCCGCCUUGCAUCGAUUUAGAAGUCUCUGCGUAACGGAGGAAGAGAACAAGAGGUGAGGAAGAGGAGGAGGAGGAAGAAGUUGCUGCUUGUCCUAAGCAGCAAUCGUCAUGGCGUCGAGGCUGGGCAGUCUCGUACGCGAGUCUGCGAAAAAUGGUGGUCGCAUUGGAUCCUGGGCGCGCUCGCUCGCCUCUGCAGAUCUGUCAAGAGCGUACUCCUCUCUUGGUAAUCGGCCCAUUCUCGUUGAUAAGCGCGGUGCUGAUAUUCUUCAUGAUCCGUGGCUGAACAAGGGAACUGCACAUCCCCAAGUUGAAAGAGAUAGUCUGGGAAUGAGAGGGCUUCUCCCACCAAAUGUUAUAUCUUUGGACCAGCAGGUGGCUCGGUUUGGUUUGAGUUUUCGGUCUCUGGAGAGGAAGACCAAGGACGGGGAAAGUGAUGUCCGCGCGCUUGCACAAUGGCGUCUUUUGAACAGGCUUCACGACCGAAAUGAAACGCUAUACUACAGGGUGUUGAUCGACAACAUCAAGGAGUUCGCUCCUAUUGUCUACACGCCAACGGUGGGACUGGUGUGUCAAAAUUACUCGGGAUUGUUUCGGAGGACUCGUGGCAUGUACUUCAGUGCCAAGGAUAAAGGACUGAUGGCAUCCAUGGUUUACAACUGGCCGUCUGAGCGGGUGGACGUGAUUGUUGUUACGGACGGAAGCCGAAUUCUUGGACUUGGUGAUCUUGGAGUUCAGGGCAUUGGUAUUCCUAUUGGAAAAUUGGACCUGUACGUCGCUGCUGGAGGGAUUAACCCGGCGAGGGUUCUGCCGGUGUGUCUCGAUGUCGGAACGAACAAUACCGCUCUUCUGGAGAAUCCACUGUAUUUGGGAUUGAGGCAACCGCGUCUGGAGGGUGAAGAGUAUCUGGCUGUCCUUGACGAAUUCAUGGAGGCUGUUUACCUGCGUUGGCCGAAGGUUAUUGUGCAGCAUGAAGACUUCCAGAACAAGUGGGCGUUCAGCAUGUUGAAGCGGUACAGAAACAAGUACAGAAUGUUCAACGAUGACGUCCAGGGUACGGCCGGCGUGGCGUUGGCAGGUAUUCUCGGAUCUGUCCGGGCGAUGGGAAGGCCGAUGUCUGACAUUUCGAAGAUGAGGGUUGUCGUUGUUGGAGCUGGAAGUGCGGGGCUCGGUGUCGUUAACAUGGUGCGGGAAUCCAUGGCCAUGGCCGAGGGUGUGUCUGCUGAAACGCUGAAAAAGGCAGCCGAGAACUUCUGGAUUUUGGAUAAGGAGGGUCUCGUGACAGAGGAGAGAAAAGACAUGGAUCCUGAUGUGAAGGAUUACGCAAGAUCUGUCAACGGAAGCCUUGCUCUUCCGGAAGGUGCAGCACUUCUUGAUGUGGUGAAGAAGGUGAAACCUGAUGUUCUGCUCGGUCUCUCUGGCGUUGGAGGCAUCUUCAACAAACAGAUUCUUGAGGCCAUGAAGCAUGAGAGGAAUCACAGGCCCGCUGUUUUCGCGAUGUCCAACCCGACAAGCAAUGCUGAAUGCAGCUCCACGGACUGCUUCAAGAUUUUGGGAGGGAACUGUGUGUUCGCCAGCGGAAGCCCAUUCCCGGAUGUCGACCUCGGUAGCGGCGCCGUGGGAAAGGCAAACCAGGGCAACAACAUGUAUCUCUUCCCAGGAAUUGGGCUGGGAACGUAUUUGGCUGGAGCUCGCCUCGUUACGGAUGGAAUGCUUCAUGCAGCAGCGGAGAGGUUGGCGUCCAUGAUGUCUGCUGAAGAUGUUGCGAAGGGCGUUAUUUUCCCACCUGUGACCGAUAUUCGAGCGGUGGCUAAGGAGGUCGGUGCCGCGGUGGUUAAAGCCGCUGUAGACGAGGACUUGGCAGAAGGAACAUGGAGUGCCGAUGUCAGGGAUCUCAGAGCUAUGUCGCAGGAUGAAAUUGUGGAGUACGUGGAGCGGAUGAUGUGGUCGCCUGCGUAUUCGCCGUUGAUCUACAGCAAGUCCAAGGAAUCCAUUUAGGCUAUUCACGCAGCGUGUGCAGCCUCACGAACCCAUUGCGUGAUCCAUGUGAUUAUUUCAUCUUUCAUCUGGUCGAUCAUUCGAGAUUAUCGUUCUGGGGAACUUGGGCUGCUCGGCAGUUUUGUUCCAGUUUAUCCGUCAAGCGCUCAAGGAGAGGGGAUUGACAACAUAUGAUUUCAAUGAUCUGAGCGUAGGCAGUAGGGUGAAGUUGUUGUCGAAGGGUCGGACUUCAAGUUUGCAGUCGCGAAGUUCAUAUUCAAGAGAGGCUUUUCAGCUCCGACCUGAAGCGUGGUUUGGACGACCAGUGCUGGAGGUGCUCAUGUCCAGUCGGUGACUUUGGAACACGACCCUCUGUGUUCAGAAGGCGAACAUGCCUAUUUGAUCAUCAUCACUAUUGCAAGCCUUCUGUGCAUGUGCUUCCAGAAUAUGCUUGGUGUCCUCCGAGGUUAGACGUUAAUGAUUUCUUGUUGAACGCAGAGAUUUGUUUUUUUUUAUGAUUAAUGUGUGGAUAAUAACUGGGUCGCCAAUCGCUCCACUUGGAGGGCUGGAGGUCCGAUGGGCUCCAUUCAAGAGGAUCGAUUUGAGCAUCUCGGCCGAAGAUAAAGUCGGAGAUGUUGGCCACUGACAGGACGAUUUUUGUGUGGGUUUUUAUCGAGAGCAAGCCUGUAAACGUGCUGCUGGAAAUUGGCGAGGGCUCUUGAUGCUGUUGCAUGGAGUCUGGGACCUUCAACUUGGUGUUUAGAUUUUUAGGAGACGCGUGAUGCCGAUCAUCGCCAUCAGAGCAGUUAUUUAGGUGUGGAGUGACUAGACGCAGUGAAAUCCAUUGAAGACGUUGAAGUUCGUGUUUGUGUUGCUGAGUACGUGAUGAACGGAGAGACGUCCGGUGAGAGAUUUGUAUAGAGAGCCAGAAGGAUGAUAAAAUUCCGAGAAGUGUGACUGGUAUUCGUUUCCGAGAAAGGUGCGGUAUAUACAUGACGUGUUUGUCAACAGACAUGAUGGUAGUGUGAGGUCGGUGCCAUUCAGGAAUGUGUAGCUGGAUCUGCGAUUUUGGAUAUUACGAUGCAGUUUUCUUGUCGAAGUUAAUCGCUAUGGCAGUUUUCUCGAAUUUCGAAUCUGUUCUCUUGCGAUAUUGCAUCUCCGGCGCCUGUGUAUUGGCCAUGGGAGUUGGCAGGCGAUUGAUCUGCACUUGUUCACACUUUCUCUGAAUCCUCGUAACUUGUCGUCACUGGCUGUGUUAACGAGGCGAAUAUUUGUUUUUGGCGAUGCCAUGUGUCAAGUGAUUGCGUCAAUAUGUCAUGGUCGUCUUUUGGCUGAUGCGCUGUGCUUGUUUUGUAAGAUACUUCCGCCGUGGUGAUGGAUAUCGUUGUGCACUGAGUUGGUCAAUUGUGGUGUGCUGUCUGCUCUGUCUAUGGACAGUUGGUAAAUUGUUGAAUUGUGGUAAAUUGUCUGCAUUUCAAGCAGGGUUGUGAUGUGCUGUGUCUUGUUCUGAAAGAUACUUCCGCCUUGCUAAUGGAGAUCGUAGUUUACGUUCAUUGUGGUAUGAUGUCUGCGUAGGCUAUGGGCAGUUUGCAAAUCGUAACUUUUGCUAUGCUGUGGCUGCUUUGACCAUGGACGAUAAGCGCUCUCAAGCAGGCUUGUGUCUGCUGAUGACUGAGGAUCAAUAGUUUGAGCAUUCAGCAACACGUUGUAAAGCUUGCCUCUCGGCCUUGCGGUCCCGGCUUCAUGUCCAGUCUGAUUUCUAUACCACGGGAAAGUCUGAAAAUU